AGUGAUCACUGGAAAAGUGGUUUGGGCCACUUAUUUUUUUAGUUUUCUAUAUUUUUCGAAGCUUUUGAAAACAAUCUCUCAUCUCCGAAGAUUUUUUCGGUCCCAAAUUAUACAUUUGGCAAAAAAUUUCGGUGAAAAUGUACCUGCUUUACGUACUUUCUGGUGUUUUGUGUGCGACGUCUGUUCUAACCUUAGCUACCAAAAAGGAGAAAAAAUUGGAUCGCGAGGUGGAGAAUCCCAAUAAUUUGUCCUCUACGAUAGAAAAUAUUGCCGAUCCUAAAUCAGACGACGCGGCCCAGAUUUCUCCAGCAAAAAUGGCUUUGGCGGACAAAAUGAAAUCGAGCCUCCCUAAAAUAAAUAUACCGGCCAUGGAAGGAGGAGGAAUCACACACGAUAUUGACCAAUUGCCAGUCAAAGAAGCUCCAUUUUCCCCCAAAAUUCCCGAAGAAAUUUUGUCUUCCACGCCCCUUUCCAUAACAGAGCGAGCAGUAGUUGCUCGAAAACAAGCGCCUCUCCCCGAUCCUAUUAGAGAUAGUAUUAAGCCGCGAAAAGGAGUCGAAAAUGAGACAAAUUUCAAUGAAAUCGACUCAUCUUCCGAAGAUCCUCUCAGUAAAUUUGACCAAUCAAAUUCUAGCAUUGUUCCUCCCUCGAGUUCAAGCCCCUCCCUCAAUAAGGAAAACACAACUCAAAAAGCCGCGACUUAUUCCAGCUCGACUACUAAAAAUUCCCCUUCCACCAAAACUUGGGUCUCGGAAGCCCCGAAAAAAGUGUCCACGGACAGACCCAAAAAACAUAAAUUAAAGCCGACAGUGACGAUUGGCGGCUCGAAUGUCGACGAACCGAUUCCAGCCUCUCCGACGAAAACUCCGCCCCUCGGAAUGCCCCGAAAAAUUGACUAUAUUGUUCCGGUCAUGAUCACAAUUUUUGCUCUGCCGUUAUUGGGCGUAGCGACUUAUAUUUUGUACAGGAGAGGCAGAGACUGUUGGGAUAAAAGACAUUAUCGGCGAAUGGAUUUUCUGAUUGAUGGAAUGUACAACGAAUAAAAUUUACGUUUAUGAGAUCUGGAAAAAGGAGGAGUUACUGAAAAAAUCGGGGUGACCGCUCGAACCGAGAAAGGGGCGUUGAAUUUAUUUUUUUUUUUACCGGGAUUUUCUAGAUUUUUUGAUGAAAAAACUGUUUGGUGAUCGAGAGAGAAAGGGUAUUUACUUAUGAAAAGUCCAAUUUCACAAUUAUUUAAGGCCAUUCCUUCGUGAUAUUAUUUUUUAAAAAUUCCAAAGAAUUUUCAAGAGAUUUUGAGAAGUUUCAAGGAUUUUCAAAAGAUUUUU